AUGUCGGUGGGCGAGGCACAGUCAGUGGGAGUUUCUGCAGCACCAUUCCAUCCGCAGAAAAUAAUCAGCAUAUCCAAGGAACCCGAAGAGACUGGCGGAUAUAAGAUAUACACCUGUUCCUCUGAGACGAGCAAGCUUCUUGAGGUCUACCCGCAGCGCCUUCUCUUCCCCUUGGAGCCAAAAAACAAGGAAACUACUGGAUCUGGAUGCCCAGUGACCCUAACCAACAAUACAAACGAUUACGUUGGCAUCUGGAUUAAACCAAUAAAUGGGAAAUUUAAGGAAACAGAGAUAAUGGAUCCCCAUUCGACUUUGGUUGUGUAUGCGACAAUGAAGAUGCAUGCACAACCUCCCAAAGACAAGGUCGAGUUUGAGGUGCUCAUGAUUAUCCUACGGUCGAAGCAAGACCUUGGAAAAUUGAAGUCAUUCAUUGUUGACAAGCUGAAUAUGGACAGUGGCUUUAUGGUGCAUGUUAAGAACCUUAAGGCAGAGGUGUAUCGGGCAAUGCUGACAGCUAUCACUUGUCAGAUCAUAUCAAGACCAAUAGAGGAUACGACCUUGGUGACAUCCAUUGACGCGCACCCCACUAAGCCAUGGAUUGUGACGGGCCAUGAGGGAGGGAGUUUUUCCAUUUGGGACUACCAGAAGCAGGAAACUGUGAUGAAGUUGCAGGUCAAUGAGGUGCCAGACAAGGGUGCAUGGCAGCGACCUGCCUUUUCUCAAUACAUAAAAGAGACGUCUGUCCAACAUUCGGUUUUUUCAGUCAAAUUUACCACUGAAGGGAAACGGUUGGUAGUGGGGGAUGGUCACGGAUACAUCUAUGUCUAUGAUUCCACCGACACUAAGCUGCAUGAGGUCGAGAAAUUCAGAGCUUAUGAUAAGAAAUCUGUGAACUCUCUGGCUGCUCACCCAACAAAGCCAUACCUUCUUCUUUCAUCGUCUGCUUUUAGUAGAAAUAUCAAGCUUUGGGACCGGAGCGAGAACUGGAAAUUUCAAAAUUUCUACGUGAAACCUGAGAAUACAUAUUACGAUGGUGUGCGCAGUGUCAAGUUUAAUCCAAGGGACACCAACACUUUUGCUUGUCUUACCGUUGAGGAAAGAGUAAAGGUCUGGAACAUCAAAACUUUCAUUCUUGAAGCCACACUGAAGGGGCCAUUCGUCAUGGCCGAUUAUUUCUUCACUAGCGGUCAUCAGCACUUGAUGGUUACUUUGAAAUUUGACUCACACAACUCCGAGAUAUGGGAUUUGAAGACACGAAAAGUUGUUCACACUCUUAGCGUGAGUGGGCACAAAACGACCUGGGUUGCUUGCCACCCAAAGCUUCCAAUACUGGUUACAAUGUUAGAUGACGGGACUGUAUGUUUGUGGGAUGCCAGUACCUACAGGCUUGAGAAAAUGGUUCACAAUACCAACAGAGAGUGUCGUGAUUUGGUAUUUGUCCCACACACAAAUGGCCUACCCAGGCUCGCUAUGGCAUUUAAGACAAUCAUAGAAAUCGUGGAAGUUAAUUUGCCAAUUGCGAAUACAAGCAAUGCAAGUGGACGAAUACAAGCAAGGCAACGGAGGCCAUCACGGAGAUUGGGAUAA